AGCCCAAACCCAUCCCCCCCUUUGCUACUUCUGAAAGGGUGGGAGGACCUUAGCCCUAAGGUUUAGAAACUGAAAUCAACCAAGAAGUGAUGCAAACGUUGAAGUCCAUCCCCACCUAAGGCUAAAUAGAACAGGUGAGUACUAGCAUCCCCUGUACCUUUCUGUUGCUUGAAAUGCUUCCACUGGUCCUGCCACCCAAGGGUAUGCCAGUCGAAGAACAAGACACUUUCUUUCCAAAUGAAAACACCUCUGUGAGGGCUGUCAUUUAUUCACAAAUUCGUGUGAAUUAGUUUAAUCAGAUUGCUUUCCCCCAUAAUGCCUGGCCAAGACCAGCCUCAUUGAGGACUAGGAGGCUGGGGAGACAUGGAAGGCAAGAGAAGGUGGGGCCUGGGGUACGGAGGGAGUUGCCACGCCUAGUAGGGGGCUCCUCCUGCAGUGGAGUUCCAGCAGCUGGACAGCAGCACUUAGGCCCUGAGUGGCUGGCAACUAGUUGGGGGAAAGGAGAGAAAGGAGAGCCGAAAUAAAUUUCACCUGCCUUGCAAUUUGGCUCCAUGUCAGCCUCACUUUGUUUAUUUCUGUGCUGUCUAGACAGGCAGAGAUUGCGUUGCUCUCAUCCCGGGGGAACCUCCUUCUCCGGUGCACUGACCAGUGCAGCCCCUGCCCGGCCAGAAGAAGCGAUGGCACAGCUGAAAGCCUCAUCAUAAGCUGCUAGUAGAUUCUCUGAAUUUUUAACAAAGGACUUCGAUAUGAAAAUGCAUUUCUUGGCAAGAAACUCAAAAUUCAGACAGCAACUGUCUGGAUAGGACCAGCUUAUAAAGAAGCAUGGCUUUGUUAAGGAAGUCGUAUUCAGAGCCUCAGCUUAAGGGUAUAGUUACCAAACUAUACAGCCGACAAGGUUACCACUUGCAGCUGCAGGCAGAUGGAACCAUUGAUGGCACGAAAGAUGAGGACAGCACUUACACUCUGUUUAACCUCAUCCCUGUGGGUCUUCGAGUGGUGGCUAUUCAAGGAGUUCAAACCAAGCUGUAUUUGGCAAUGAACAGCGAGGGAUACCUGUACACCUCGGAACAUUUCACACCUGAGUGCAAAUUCAAAGAAUCGGUGUUUGAAAAUUAUUAUGUGACAUAUUCAUCAAUGAUAUACCGUCAGCAGCAGUCAGGCCGAGGGUGGUAUCUGGGUCUGAACAAAGAAGGAGAGAUCAUGAAAGGAAACCAUGUGAAGAAGAACAAGCCUGCAGCUCACUUUCUGCCCAAACCACUGAAAGUGGCCAUGUACAAGGAGCCGUCUCUGCACGACCUCACGGAGUUCUCCCGAUCUGGAAGCGGGACCCCAACCAAGAGCAGAAGUGUCUCCGGCGUACUGAAUGGAGGCAAAUCCAUGAGCCACAAUGAAUCAACGUAGCCAGUGAGGGCAAAACAAGGGCUCUGUAACAGAACCUUACCUCCAGGUGCUGUUAAUUCUAGCAGUCCUUCACCCAAAAGUUCAGAUUUGUCCAUGACGUUUACCAAACAAACAAGGCAGAGUUCACUACUCUAAUCUGCCAUCAAACCUUCUUCUCAUCCAUACAAACGCCCCGUAAUUUAGAACGAGCUUGUGCAAAAAAAGAGUGCCAAGCAUGAUCAGUGAAUUAAAUCUGGGAGAAGGACUGCCCAAUUUUCUCAUGAUCUCACCUAUGCUUUGGGGAAGACAAACCAAAAACAUUUCACAGCACUAAUGCUGAUUAAAAAAAUUGCUCUCCAACCAAGAAAAUUGAAAAGACCACCAUUGUUCUUCAAAAACAAACAACAAAACAAAACAGAACAAAAUUAACUGCUUCAGUGUUUUGUAGGGGCGAACAAAAUUCUGUGAACCGUGUUGUUUUCUUGGCUUAAUGUUUUCUAUCUAUGCUUGAUUCGUAUGUAUUCUUUACUUUGGCAUAGCGCAACUUUAUGGUUUCUGGAAUUCAGUGGUUCUAUUGACUCUGUGUCACUUAAUCCAACUCAACCAAAUUCAGGGUUGAAGCUGAAUUGGCAUCUCAGGCUCAAGGUAACAGUGUUCUUGUGAUUUUACCAAAAUUUUUUUUUCCUUUACAUUCGUCGUAGUAUUCUGAUCGAGUUCUUGUGCUGUACUUUGUGCGUAGAAAUCGUGUUGUGUUGUCAACCCCAGUCAGUAAAGAUUACUUAAAGAAAAAAGGUUAUCCUCAAGUAUAGAUUUCUCUUAAUUCCAUUUGUGUUAUCAUGUUAAACUACUAUUGUGGCUUCUUGUGUAAAGACAGGAACCGUGGAACUGUGAUGUUGUCUUUUGUGUUGUUAAAAUAAGAAAUGUCUUAUCUGUGUAUGUAUAAGUCCUCCUGUCAUUGUAUUUGGCGCGUGAACAUUGUGUACAAGGAAAUGUUAAAAGACUGGUUACCCCUAAACAACAUAUACUUAUACCUGCUUCUGGAAAAGUGUUUAAGACUUAGCUAGGUUUCCAUUUAGAUCUUCAUAUCUGUUGCAUGGAAGAAAGUUGGAAUCUUGGCAUAGAGUUGCAUGAUAUGUAAGAUUUUGUGCAUUAAUAAUUGUUAAAAUCUGUGUUCCAAAAGUGGACAUAGCAUGUACAGGCAGUUUUCUGUCCUGUGCACAAAAAAGUUGAAAAAAAGUUGUUUAAUAUUUGUUGUUGUAUACCCAGAUACGCACCGAAUAAACUCUUUAUAUUCAUUCAAA